GCACCCGAUGGCAACAGCCAACAGGUAAUACAACCAUCCCACGUUGUGUCUUUUAAAAAAGUAAAAUCUCACCGCCUGGCUGCAUCACCGCUACUGGACCGUACCCCGUCACCACCUCUACUGCCUUCAUCAAACCCGUCAAUAACCCACAGCUCGGCUUUGUCCCUUUAACUGCACCACCACCACCACUUUUCGGCUGCAGUGAUAGCGUCGUCCCUGUCCGCCGUUUAGAGGGCCCUCUCUCAGUUCGGACUAUCUGUCUUGGAACUGUCGUCGUUGGGUCUUCUUCAACUUCUUUAACGCCAGUCAUCAAUGGUGUCGGAUUACGAAAAAUCAAUCUACUAAUUAGCAAAAGGAACCAGAUUGAGUACGUCUCUAAAGCUACAAACGCUCCAAUAACUUUUUUGUUCUUCUUUGACGUCUGUUUUCACCCCUCCGCUGUGCUCUCCACUGCCAUUCGCUGCCGUACCGAAAUCAAUUCCGUUCAACGUCUCCGGCCUUUAGUACCUAAAUUCCCCUCUGCCGUUGUUGCUCUAUCUUCGGAGAAAGGAGCCUCUAAGCCUGGAACAAUUUCCUCCAUUUCCCAAUUUUGUUCCUGCAGGUCAUCAAUCUUGUUUGGGUUAAGAAGAAUGGAUAAACCAGAAAAAUAUUUAGGAAAUAAUCGGUUUGAAGACGUGCAUUGGCUCUGUUCCUUGACUGAGUCUGAGCUUGAUUUGUUGAUUAGCUUGAAAACGCUGGUCAUUCAACGAGCAAAAGUAAUUGGUCAUGAGGAACUAGCUGCGAAAUUUGAUUUGAAGAUGCUUAGAGCUCUUGCACUUGUUUUAAUGGAAUAUACGAAAGGAAACAUUAAAAGUUCAACUCAUAUUUCCGGAUUGGUCGAGUCUACUGCUUUCAUGGAUGGUUGCAGUUUAAUCCAAUGUAAACUUGGGGAUAUAUUGAGCAUUAGGGAGCUAAAGGCAUGUAUUGGUAUGGAUGAAAAGCGGAAACCAGCUGCUAAAAGGAUGCGUGAAGACGGUGCAGUGGAAGAGGAAUUAGAUUAUUGAAAACAACAAAAAUAGUAUGCAAGCCUAUCAAAGGUACUUUAAAAGGUUGGAUAUGAUAUCGUCGUAGACACGCACGUGUCAACAACAUUUUUGACAAAGCAACUACCUGAUAAUGAUGUACAUUUUUAAUUCUUUUAAAGUCGGUGAAGGUACCUUCCAACUGCUUUGACUUGCAUAGAUCUUCAGAAGUUAAUUACAACCUCAUCUAGUUGUUAGCACUCAUAUGUAGAACUCUAGGGGGCAUAGUUAUUUAAGGCAUGCCUCAGGCGCAAGGCGCACCAGGCUCCUGCCCUUGCGCCUUAGUCAGCCAAAGGUGGAUGAUGUCACAAAGGCGUGCGUGGUGGUAUGCCAUGACUUGCAGGCGAGGUGCUCUCAAGGCACGCAUUUGAAACAUUUUUAAUAUACAUCUUAUUUUUAAUUUUUUCUUAAAAAUAAAGUAGGCUUUUAUUUUAAGUUUUAAAAAGAGCUUAUAAUAGGCCUUACCACACCAAAUUCUUUUAAUUAAAAGAAAAAGAUCAAAAGAAAAGGAAAAGAGAAGAGAAGAUAAAAUAUAAACUUAGGGCAGCCGUUCAAAACAAAGAGUUCUACGUCUACCAACUGCUCAAGACAAGUUGAUUUCUCCCAAUUUCUAACUUUUCAAGAGUGAAGACAAAGAAGCCUAUCUUAAUUGCUGAAGACAAAUAACCGAUCUUUUCCAAAAUCUGAGGUAUGGAGAAUAUGAAGAAUACGAGGAAAUUGGAAGUGAUCAACUUGAAUUUGAUGAUAAUAUGGAAGAAAAUAUUGAUGUCGAUGAGAAUUAAUUGCGUUUUUAUAAGUGUUUUAAGAACUUUUUAGUAUUACCGGGAUUAUGGAACUUGUGUGUUUUUUAUCUAGUAACUUCUAUUGUCAAGUUCUAUGUGUGUUUUUCUCAUCA